CAUGGUGGGCGCUAGGUUUUAGGAAAGAAACUCCCGACCAUCCUCGCCCGCCCUGCACACCGCGGCCGCCAGGCCCCAGGUAUCCUGGAUGGCCGAUGCCGUAGCCAUUUUGGCUCAAGGUGUCUGGAUGCAUAGCUAAGCCGCCCAGCCUAGCGGUUGCCAAAUAAAUCUGUCACCGUGUUUCCAUAGAUGCACCUCCAGAUGACGAUCACGUCCGCGGCAGUUUUCCUUUUUCUCGCCGUCCCUGGCAACGCUGUGACUAGGGAAGCCAUCCGCGAGCGGGACGUCGGAUUCGGGAAGGAGUCCAUCCUCGAGCAGGACCUUGGAUUCGGGAACGAGUUCGAGGAAGCGGUCGAGACCGACCAGGACCAGCUGCUGGGUCGCCUCGAGGAUGUGAAUUUCGGGAGAAGCCUGGAGGGCAAGCCAAGCAAAAGGCGGAGCUCGUCGCAGAUGCGCCGGGGGAGAGUGGAGAAUUUGACGUCGACUUUGGACGAAAUGCUUCCAGUACUGGAGGCAGACUUCAAGUCUAAGACCCAGCACCUCAAGGUGGCACUGGCCUACUUCAAGGAGAAGCAGCACGACAUGGACGUGGCAAGGAAGGCGGCAACCGAGGCCAUGAAGGCCCUCCGCCAGGAAGCAGACAGGCGCCGCAGGUCCGCUGCCGAACGCAAGGCGGCCAAGGACAAGGAGCGCCUUGCGAUCCUGGAGGCGAAGCGGACCGCCAAGGAGGCGAUGGUCAAGAAGGCGCAGGCCCUCAUGGGCGCGAAGGGCCACGAGGAAAUGGAGGGCUACCUGGGUCCCGUCUCGCUGGGGAUCAUGGUCGACGUGCUCAUGUCCCUGCCCAACGCGGUGGAGAACCCGAUCUUCAUGAAGCGCCUUGGGAAGGCGAAGGAUCAGAUCGCGGGGUCCAUCCAGGAUUUUCUCAACAUCACUCGGCGCAAGACGGCGAAGUUCGUGCUGGCGAGCAGCAAGGCGUCAGACGUGGAGCUCUCGUUCCUCAUGGCGCGCUUCUUCCACGAAGCAUCCUUCCGCGUCAAGGCAAUGCAGUCAGAUGGCGAGAAGGUUGCCAGGGACCUCAACGUCGUGAUGCCGAGGGAACUGCGGCAAAGUUUCCUUCCCAUCGUAAGGCAGCUGCGGUCGCAGGCAGUCCCGCUGCUCGUGAAUGCAAGCUCUCUUGCGAGCGCGACGUUGGCCGACGCCUGCUCGCAGAUAUCCGAUCUCAUGGCCAACAUCAGUAAUUAUCCAAUAAUACCAAGCUCAACACGCUGCAUUCCGCUCUGCAUAACGUCUGGCAGAUUUCUGAGUUGAUGUUGCCCCACAUGAGCAGGAUCUACCCCAUGAAAACCGCGGUCAUCGACACCGUCAAGGACUUCAUGUCCCUGGCAACCACUCAGGCUGCUGGUCUUCAGGAGGCUGCAGACGAGAUCGUGACGAAUGUUGGCCCUGUCGUCUCCGAGCGUAUGCAGUGCACGUGGAGCGCUGCAAGCACGACGCCAUACAACAUUCGCUUUAUUACGUUUCUGGCUGCGUUGGCCAGCUAUUUCUUUUUGUAGGGCCCGUGAGCUUGUCACGCCUACCAAGCAUGCGGAGCCCACCACAUUCACAUGCCUUAGCGAGUGCAUCGGCGCCGCUUUGGGUGCUAGCAAAUUCGCCCUGGAUGACCAACUGGAUGUCGCCGCCGUCUGCAA